AUGACGACUAAUCCCAAACCGAACAAGGCAUUAAAGGUCAAGAAGGAGGCGGGCGAGAACGCCCUGGUGCUCAGCGACGAGGAGCUGGUGUCCAUGUCGGUGCGGGAGCUGAACCAGCACCUGCGGGGCCUGUCCCGGGAGGAGGUGGCGCGGCUGAAGCAGCGGCGGCGCACACUCAAGAACCGCGGCUACGCCGCCAGCUGCCGCGUGAAGCGGGUGACGCAGAAGGAGGAGCUGGAGCGGCAGCGGGCGGAGCUGCAGCGCGAGGUGGAGAAGCUGGCCUCGGAGAACGCCAGCAUGCGGCUGGAGCUGGGCGCCCUGCGCUCCAAGUACGAGGCGCUGCAGACCUUCGCGCGCACCGUGGCCCGCGGGCCCGUGGCGCCCUCCAAGGCGGCCACCACCAGCGUCAUCACCAUCGUCAAGUCGCCCUCCGCGCCCUUCUCGGCCGCCUCCUAG